AUGUGCAACUUCUUGCACGUUUUUACCAAUCCAGAAGAGACUACCCGUGAUCUACUGCUCGCUCUCAGCCACAACCUUCCGCAACUCCCGCCGGUGCAGGAGAGGUUAGUUUUCCAUUUCCACCCCUGCACAUACCCCCCCCCUCUCCUUCCCUAUAGAACGUCUUCACUCUUCUUCUCUUUCCCCCCCCCCGCCCAGUCGUGUGCGUCGCCGUGGACGCAGUAACAGUUCGGACAGCGAUCUGCCUCCGUCAGAAGAUCCUCCUGAUCCCAGUCCGUCGAGGAGCCGGCGGUCACAUAAUCACCGCCACCGACACCAUCGGCAUCAUCGGCGUCGUCGUCGUCGUCGUUCGAGUAGCCGCAGCUCGCGGUCCUCCCAUGGGAGCAGCCCCAUCGCCAGGCGACGGAGCAAGAAGCACAGACGCACUCGCAGCUGA